AUGAGCAUUCCAUUGAAAGUACCUACUCCAACACCUCCUGCUAAAGGAUCUUUUCCUCUGGAUCAUGAGGGACAUUGCAGAUAUGAAAUGCUAAAAUAUAUGCUGUGCCUGAAUGAGCAUAUGCAAAAAAGUGAGGAGUGUCGGGGUUUCGCGAAAAUCUACCUACAAUGUAGAAUGGACAAUGGGUUGAUGCAAAGGGAGGAGUGGAAGUCCCUUGGUUUUUCAGAUGAUGAAGAAGCUUCAUGA